AUGGGAAAGAUUACCUUUUACGAGGACAAGAAUUUCAAGGGGCGCUCAUAUGAGUGCAGUAAUGACAACAGUGAUCUGCACUCUUACUUCAGCCGUUGCAACUCCAUCAAAGUUGACAAUGGCUCUUGGAUGAUCUAUGAGCAGGCAAACAACAAGGGGCACCAGUAUUACCUUAAAAAAGGAGAAUACCCAGACUAUCAACACUGGAAUGGUUUCAAUGACACCAUCAGUUCUUGUCUCAUGAUCCCCCUGCAUUCAGGUUCCUUCUUAAUACGACUGUAUGAAAAAGAAAAUUUCAGGGGCCAGAUGAUGGAAUUCACAGAAGAUUGUUCACUUGUCUACAAAGAAUUCAAUUACCAUGAUAUUAACUCCUGCAAUGUCCUUGAAGGCCACUGGAUCUUCUAUGAGGAGCCUAAUUUCAAAGGGCGUCAAUACUACCUGAGACCUGGAGAAUACAGAAGAUUCAGUGACUGGGGUGCCUCCAAUUCCAGAGUUGGUUCCUUUAAAAAAGUCCAAGAUUUUUAUUAG